UUAUAAAUAUAUUAUAUAAACGGAAUACGACGUAAAAAAAAACAAAACGGCGCGAGCAAGAGUAUAAAACGCGACGGCGGCGAAGAAAACAGGCACGUCCGGCGGUAGGGAGCGGUGUGUUUUUUUUUUUUUAUAUAAGUAAAUUUGAUUCAACGCAACAGUGGCGGUCGCGUUCCAUUAGUUCCAAUUAAGUCGGUUUCGCGCCCCUGUGGAGGUGCAGUACGCGGCGUGUCUGUCGCGGCAACAGGAACAGUCGGCAGUCUACAGCAGUCGGCACGCGAACAUGGCCAACGAGAAGUCGCUCAAAGAGUCUCUACUGGCCGCCUCGCCGUUUCUGAUCAAAGUCGUGGAAAUCAUAUUGGGCUUGACUAGCAUCUGUUUGAUCAUCAGUCCGUACUCGUCGAGGCUACACACCAGCACUGGUAGAGCGGGUUUUGUGUACUCGGCUCUGUCCGGCGCAGUUUUGGUCGACCUUCUCAUAGUGGUCAGCCAUUUCUUACAGCAAAAGAUACCGAAAAAGCCGUGCUUGAUCGUGUCGUGCUGGUACGGCUUGAUGCUGGCCAUAGCCGCCGGCAUCAUAUUCUCCGACUGGAGAGCUCUGCAGUUCGCCCUCCAGGUGCGUCCUUCCAAGAACAGAAUGGAUCUGAUGAUAUCCUCGGCGGUCACGGCCACGCUGACGUCCAUCACGUUCUUCGCCGACUUCGUGUUGACGUUCAGGUACGGAUGAAACCGCGCACAAAAAGUAUACGAGUGCCCGUCUACCUAUCUACUAUACAUCGUACACCCUGCGCCACAGGACAUAAUUUACAAUCGCCUCUUGGAACAUUUUUAUUUUUCAUGAUUAUUAGUCACCAAAAUAAUUCACAAUUAUUCUUUUAAUAGCAUACACAUGGAUUUUCUCACGUAAAUUGCACUUUUUUAUAUAUAGUAAUAAUAAUGAUAACAAUAAUACCAUGAGUACAAUAUUGUAACAUUAAAUCUAGCAACCUUAUACGGUUCGCAGAUAGGUAAUACAUAUAAUAUACGAUAAAUACACCUAGGGGACUGGUAAUCAAUGCACUGAUAUUGACGAAAACCACAAAUUCAACAAAAUUGAUUUUAAAUCAAUUUCUAUGAUAAAAUACAUAGAUGCCUUGGUAUUUGGUAAGUAAACAAAGUUUUACAUUAUUACAUCCAUAUACCGCACUACUUUUAGUAUUCAUUGAGAAGUUUAUUUAAGUACCCAACCUAAUUUAUAGCCCUGACAAUGAUUAACGGUAAAACUUAAUGUGUGAAAAAUUAAAUUUUUUUUCACAAUAAUCAAGUGUUUUUUAAACUCAAAAUUGCAAACCUUAGAAUUUUAAUUUAAAAAAAUACAAAAAAAUGCAAGUAAUAUUUUAAUUAAAAAUUAAAAGAUCAAAUUGUACCCAUUUGUACCCUCAGGCUAUAAUUUAAAUUUUUUACUAAGUUAAUCCAGCUAUUUUUCGACUAUUCACAUGGUUGAAAUAUACAAUAUAUUUCAACCAUGACUAUUCAGCAUAAACUGAAAACAUACAAUCUACUUCCCGGACCUUGUGAUAACCCCGUUACUAUAUCUAAUUAGCAUAUAUUUAUAUAUUCAUUACACUUUAAGCUAUGUCAUAUAAUAUGUUAACUAUAUUUAUAAGUGAUAUAUUAUUUUUUUACUAACUUUUUAUACAAUUAAUAUAAAAGUAUAAUAAUAUAAUAUUUUAAAAUUAUUUAGGUAGUAUGGUAUUUGUAUCUUCAAUAAACAUACAUUUAAUAUUAUGUAAAAUAUAGAUACCUACUUACAUACUA